UUUCGUAUUUUAGCAUGAAGUCAACAUUAUUACAUGUCAAAUUGACAUAUGAGAGUGUAAUAUGUUUACGGAAACAAUAAGCAUUACUCAUUCACCAAAUUUGGUUGGUAAUAAAAUAAAAUAGAAGAACUAAUGUGCUCUUAUAAAAUGGAGAAGCGCGCGGUUCUUAAUUCUAUAUACAAGUGUUUUUUCUAAAAUGUUAAUUUUGAAUUAGCAUUAACCACAAUAUAAAGGAUAUUUUAUUUAAAUCAUCAUUGUCAUAAGUUUUUGUAUAAUUGUAUCUAGAGUAUAUUAAGAACAAUAUAAAAAUAUGGCAGUAUCGAUCAGUGAAAUUUGUGAAAAUACAAAACUUGCACGUGAAAUGGCAUUGACUGGAAAUUAUGAUACAUCUGGUGUUUAUUAUCAAGGUGUGGUUCAACAAAUUCAUAGACUGCUUGCAAGCAUAGCAGAUGCAACAAGAAAGGCUAAAUGGCAAUUGGUACAACAUCAAAUUGUUCAAGAAUUUGAAAGAGUUAAAGCUACAUCCAAUACUUUACAGCUUUUUAAAGUUGACACACAUGGUGACAGGGUAAUAGAACCAACUAGAGAUCCGACAUCAUGGCCUUAUAAUAAUGCAGAUAUUUCGUGGAAUCAAACACCAGCUCGUGAUCCUGAUGUUUGGCCACCUUUAAGUGCUGCAGAACAAAAAAAUACUAGACAACAAAAAGGACAACAGAAACAACAAAAUCGUACAAAUUUAAGAAGAUCUAUUCCUACAGGGAAAAAACCAGAAAAUAAAACAGUCAACAAGAAAGAUGAUAGAAGAACAUCUAAAAGAGAUGAUUCUAACAAGGAAAGAUCAGAAACAGAAAAAGUGGAUAUAGAAACAGAGGAACGUAAAUUUGAACCAUCUGGAAAUGAUAGAGAUCUUGUUGAUUUAUUGGAAAGAGAUAUAGUUCAAAAAAAUCCAAAUAUUCAUUGGGAUGACAUAGCAGAUUUACAUGAAGCAAAAAGAUUAUUGGAGGAAGCUGUUGUCCUUCCAAUGUGGAUGCCAGAUUUUUUUAAGGGAAUACGGCGACCAUGGAAAGGUGUACUUAUGGUAGGACCACCAGGUACAGGCAAAACUAUGCUUGCUAAAGCAGUAGCUACGGAAUGUGGAACAACAUUUUUUAAUGUUUCAUCAUCUACACUUACAUCAAAAUAUAGAGGAGAAUCAGAAAAACUUGUACGAUUACUCUUUGAAAUGGCUAGAUUUUAUGCGCCAAGUACAAUUUUCAUUGAUGAAAUCGAUUCCUUAUGCUCUAGAAGAGGAUCGGAAUCAGAGCAUGAAGCCUCACGUAGAGUAAAAUCUGAACUUCUCGUACAAAUGGAUGGAAUAAGCUCUAAUAAUGAAGAUCCUAGUAAAGUAGUAAUGGUAUUAGCAGCUACUAAUUUUCCAUGGGAUAUAGAUGAAGCACUUAGAAGGAGACUAGAAAAGCGUAUAUACAUUCCUUUACCGAACCAUGAAGGUAGAGAAGCUUUGUUGAGAAUCAAUCUUCGUGAAGUUAAAGUAGAUUUAUCUGUAAAUCUUGCAGAUAUUGCAAAGAAACUUGAAGGUUAUUCAGGAGCAGAUAUUACAAACGUGUGUAGAGAUGCUUCUAUGAUGUCAAUGAGAAAAAAAAUAGCAGGUUUAAAACCAGAUCAGAUACGACAAUUACCAAAAGAAGAACUAGAUUUGCCUGUAUCUGCUACAGAUUUUGAUGAGGCUGUAGAAAGAUGUAAUAAGAGUGUAUCACAAGAAGAUCUGGAGAAAUAUGAAAGAUGGAUGAGUGAAUUUGGUUCAUCUUGAUAAUAUUCUUAGUAAAAAAAUAUUUCUCAUUUUAAUGUAGAUGACACUUAUCAAUUGAUAUCUUAAGAUAUAUUCCAGAUUACUUUUCUAUUUAAACAUAUAUAUAUAUAUGUAUAUCUAUAUAUAUAUAUACAUGCAUAUAUGUAUAUUAAAAAAAUUUAUAGAGACCAUAUGAGAACUCGAAAUGCUCAAAUAUCUAAUAAUUUUAAUAUAUAGAAGCUUGAAG